AUGUACCGAUUUGCUCUGCUACUUCUCCUCCUGUACCAAAAUGUAUACUAUGCAAUCUCCAGCAAAGAUGAAAAUCGCCUCUACAGAGAAGUCCUCAGUAACUAUAACAAACUGGUCCGACCCGUCGUCAAUCCUACCGACACCUUGAGAGUUGAAAUGAAGGUCUUCCUGCAACAAAUAAUGGGUUUGGAUGGAAAAAACCAGAUCAUCGAAUUGAACGCGUGGCUGAAGUUCGUGAGUUGA